GCAGCACAGCCACCUCUACGGAAGGAAUCCAAUGGAUUCCCAUCCCCAGGGGCCGCUGAGUUGCUUCUUAUUUCUGUUAGAGGGUCAAAGGGUAAACCUCGGAAGCAAAUCAAUAAAGUAUCCAGUCCCGUGGAAAUAAAUGCUUUAGGCCCUUCAGUACUUUUGCCUUUGUAUUGAGCGUUCUCAGUGACCUCCAGUCAGGCAGAGCUCGGGAUCUGGGGCUGCGAAAACCCUGAGGGAAGCUCCAGUAGCUGAGCCACGUUGGAGCUAAACCCGGGCCGCCGCGGGCAUCCCGCACCUGCUGGGGCGGAUGCUCCCUGAGAGCCUGUUUCCGGUCUCCGCGGCGCGGACUAAGCCCAACUUGGCGCUCAUUGGCUCAACGGAGAUAAGUGACAGAUUCCGAGCCAAUAGAAGGUAAAAGCUUUCCGUCGCACGCCUAAUAGGGCCGCAGCUUGUUAGGCAUCAGACCCGCGCGUGUCCAGUAGCGAGCUGCCGCCGCCCCAGACUGGGAGGCGUGACCAGCGGAACCCGUCACUGGGGUCGCUCGUCGCCAACCCCUUAGUUCUUUUUGAGUGCCCCCCCAAGUGCUUCUAAUACGGGCUCCGCGCGCGGCCCCGCGCGUGCCUGCUGGGGACGAGACCGUCUGGUCCAACCUCUGCCUCGAGCCCACGCCCGCCGGAGGAUUGGCCCACUUCCCGCGCGAGGCCGCAGCGGCCUAGCGUAGUCCUCGGGACAGGUUCGAUCCAGCUGGGAUUGGACAGGAUGCGGCGGGGAUUGCCCCCACCCAGGUGAGCAAGUCAAGUGCCCGCCCUUCCCGCGCCGUGACGUCACCACCCUCGCUGGCGAUUGGCCCCGGGGAUGCUGCGGCAGCCAAUGGGCGCCUCGCUCGCGGCGCGGCCCUUCAAACUUACUUCCAGCCAGGUAGGUCCUGGGCUGGCUAGCGACCCAUUCCCGGGUGGCCGCCCUUCCCCCUGGCCUUUCCUCCCUCGAGACUGCCCAUCGGAAGGAGCUUCCUGAGGGUGGAGGGCACAGGGUCAAGACCUCCUAGGGCCAGGAUUGGACCCGGAGGGAGAUAGGAGCCCAGGCCCGGUAAAAGAGAGACCCAGGUUCUGACUUAAAAGCUCUGAUCAAGCCGAACAUGCUGUAUGGGGAAAGUGGCCUUUCUGUGCCACUCGACUGUGCGUCUGUCUCCCCAUUUAUGCGUGAGCUCCUUUGGAAGCAGAGGGCCUUCUCAUUGGCUUACAGUAAGGAAUCAAUAAAUGCGUGUGGGACGAAUAAAUGACUAGAUGAGUUUCUGGUGAAGUUGUUUUUAAUACAGGUUUCUGAAAAUGCAUUUGUCGUUUUAAUCAAUUCUAAGUACUGGAUUUAAUAAACUGAUACCACGUGUUUACCACGGUAUGCGCCAGCACUUGAAACUUUUAUUUGCAUUUGUUCCUACAAGGUAGGUACAAACAUCACCUCCCCUACUCCCCAGCUUUGUAAAACUGAAGAAACUGAAUUGGAAUGAGAGAGCUUAAGUAAAUUGGCUAAGGACACAGUCACUGCUAGCUGCAGAGGCAAACAUGUGAACCCUGGAACUGGUCCUAACCCGGACAGGGCACUGGUGGGAAGAGCACUGUCUUUGGAAAUGAUGGGCCUUGAGUUCAGCCUUCUGCUGCUCUCAGUCCUAAGCUAUGUGAUUGAGUAAGGGUUACUUUCUCUGGUUGUCUCCGCUGUCAAAUGGGGACAAAUUCUAAUUCCCAAGAUUAUAUGGGAUAACGUACCUGACAUUGGAAAUUUGGAGUGGGAGGGACUCAGAUCCUAGUCCAGCGCCUAAGGGAGAGGCUACUUGAAUACCUCGUGCCCGCUUCGUGGGACAGUGAACUUGCUUGAGUCAAAAGGGAGGCCAGGGAAAGUGCCCCACUCUAGACAGCUCAGAAUCUUCCUCCCGCUCAGCGAACGUUGGCGGAAGGCACAUCGUCUGCCUCCGUGGUUAGGAGGAUGGCAUUUCCCCCACAUUACAGGUAAGGCAGCUGCCGUGGCCCACAAGGGCUCAUCUGGAAGAAUCUCUCCGAGUUCUAGCCUUAACGCUGCAACCCGUCGGUCGCCCCGGCCAGGUCGCAGCUAGCAGAGUGCGCUGCCGGGCAUGACCGAGGAGCGUCGCGGGGCCUGGUUCGGCUUCGGUUUCUGCGGAUUCGGGCAGGCGCUGGGCUCCGGGCGCGGGCGCCGGGUACACAGCCCGGAACCGCUGAGGGCGCCGGGCGCGGGCCUGGACAUCUGCCGUGUGAGCGCGAGCUGGAGCUACACCGCCUUCGUGACCCGUGGAGGCCAGGUGGAGCUCUCCGGCUCGGCGGGCGGCGCGGCGGGCGGCUGCAGGGACGCGUGGGCGUCGGAGGAGCUCCUGGUGGUGCUGCGCGCGGGGCCGGGACCCGGGGCGGAGCUGCAGGCCUGGGCGCCCGGUUCGGCGCUGCGCGGGGAGCCCCUCUGGGCCCAGACGGUGCCGGACGCCGAGCGGGAAGACGGACCGGGCGGCAGUGAGACCCAGGAUGGGCGGCUGCCGCUGCUGCCCUGUGCUCGCGCCUACGUGAGCCCGCGGCCGCCUUUCUACCGACCUCUGGGCCCCACGCUGCGGGCGCGCCGGCUGGAGCUGGGCGCCGAGCACGCGUUGCUGCUGGACGCGGCGGGCCAGGUGUUCUCCUGGGGCGAGGGCAGGCACGGACAGCUGGGCCACGGGACUCUGGAGGCAGAGCCGGAGCCGAAGCUUUUGGAGGCGCUGCAGGGCCUACCCAUGGCUGAGGUGGCCGCAGGUGGCUGGCACUCUGUGUGUGUGAGUGAGAUGGGGGAUAUUUAUAUCUGGGGCUGGAAUGAAUCAGGGCAGCUGGCCUUGCCCACCAAGAGUCUGGCGGAGGAUGGAAAGACGACGACAGGAGAAGCCUCAGGACUGAAUGAAAAUGGUUCUGAAGUGAAAAGAGCAGCCGGGGGUGAGGAUGGAGCCUCCGCCCCCUUCAUAACUGUCCAGCCCUUCCCAGCUUUAUUGGAUCUCCCCCUGGGCUCAGAUGCAGUCAAGGCCAGCUGUGGAUCCCGGCACACAGCAGUGGUGACAAGAACGGGGGAGCUCUACACCUGGGGCUGGGUUUUUGACAGAUUAGCUAGCUUACAUCUGUCAACUCUCAGCAUCUCAUUGAUAACCGAAUCCAGGGAUCUUAGAAACUGGAACACGCUGGUGGGACCCAGUGUGGCUGAACCACACUGGCUCCUUUUUGUCAGCUCCAUCUUCGGCCUGCAGUCCCCCCGCCUCCUCCUGCAUGGCUGAGCUUCAGCCUACUCACAAAGAAUGCGCCAAAGCCAGAGAAGUUCCCUAUCAACUUUGACCCUUGCCUUCAUCUGAUAUGAAAACUGGAAGAAUGUCUUUUGCUGAUACAGAUGAUUAAUGGUUUUGAGACCCUGGGGGGAGAAAAACCACCCAGUUCUUGUCAGUACAGUCGUGCUUCUCCCUAGUAGUCAGAUUCUAUUUUUAGCUUUGUCCCCUUCAAAUCCCCCUGUACCCCUUUCGGCACUUAAGUGCAGCUGCAAAUGCCUCUGGGUUGUUGUCCACCCGAUCUUGCCUGUAUGCAAACUACCCACAGUAAACUUCAUAAUUGCACUUUAUGAAGCUGCCUGCUUUGUUUUUCAGCCUCACAGUUCCUUCUCAGUCCAGAGGAUAGUAUUCAAUCUCUCUAUCUCCCAGCAGGCCCCAGAGUACACAGGUUGGGGCAAUGCUGGGGACGUGCUUGUACACAGGCAAUACUAACCUUGCUGCCAGAAGGUGGAAGCCGAGACACAGGGGAGCGGCAGACUGUCCCCGAAAAGACAGGCCGAAUGCUGCUGUUGACUGUAGCGUUGGAUAUGGUGGUAGUGUUCAGCUGAGGAGAAGAACAGAGAUUACUGAUGAGACAACGUGUUUAGCAAUCCAUCCUUACGCUAUGGAGAAGUGAGGACGGGACACCGUCUAAGACUGUUUUCAUGGUGAAGAGCUUUGAAAACCCCUGUGAAAAGCAUUCAGUGUUCCAUCCAGCAGACAGAAUGGUAAAAUGGGACAACCAUUUGUUUCCAAAAGUUAAACAGACAACUAUCAUAAGACCCAGCCAUAUCACUCUUAGGUAUUUACCCAAGAGAAAUGAAAGCAUAUAUUCAUACAAAGACUUACACAUAAAUAUUUAUAGCAGCUUUAUGUGUAGUAGCUAGAAAACUAGAAAUAAGCCAAAUAUCCAUCAACACAGGCAACUAGAUAAGCAAAUUGUGCUAUAUACAUCCAGUGGAAUACAGUUCAACAAUAAAAAGGAGUAACCUACUGAUACGUGCAAUAACACAGAUGAAAAAAAGCCAGACACAGAAGUAUACAUACUGUAUGAUUCUAUUUAUAUAAAAUGUUAGAAAAUGCAAACUAAUCAGCAGUAACAGAAAAAAGGUGCAGUUGCCAGGAGCUGGCGGGAGGGUCAGGGCGGGGGUGGGGUUGGGUGAGUGGUGGUAAGGGAAGCAAAGCAAAUACAAAGGGGCAAAAGGAAACUUUGGGUGUGAUGGGUAUGUUCAUUGUCUUGAUUGUGGUGAUGGUUUCACGGUAUAUACAUGUCACAGCUUAUUAAAUGUGUACACUAAAUAUUAUGUGUCU